GGUCUAGAAAAUCUCAAAAAAAGUACAAACAACAAUAGCAGAGAGAUAUAUGAAGCUAGAUAUCGCUUCCAAGGCAAGCACAAAUAUCACACCUAAUAAAACCCUAUUUCACCAACCACUUCUCAAAUCACGAAUUCAUUCCCAUUUGUCACUCACAUUCUAACCUAAUUCUUCGUAUAAAUGCUCACUGAUAACUUCAACCAAAAAGUGACGAAAUCGGAUUAUGUGUUGUGUUUAAUCGAAUUUCAUCGAAGUUUAACGAAGUAGAAGCUGAAUUCGUCAAUGUCGUCGAAGCAAAUCGGAUUAAAAUCACGAAAAUCGAGUUCAAAAUAUGCGAAUUUGCCGGUUUCUUCAACGAAAUCGUCUUCGAAGCUUGUUACGCAAGUUUCGGUUGAUGAUUUGAGGUCUCCAGUUAGUGUAGAGAGAUUGAAGGAGAAUGUGACUGUUACGGUGCGGUUUCGGCCUCUGAGUCCGAGGGAAAUACGACAGGGGGAGGAGAUUGCGUGGUAUGCGGACGGAGAAACGACGGUUCGGAAUGAGAAUAAUCCAUCAGUAGCUUAUGCAUACGAUCGGGUGUUUGGGCCUACGACAACAACACGUCAUGUAUAUGAUACUGCAGCCCAUCAUGUCGUUGGUGGCGCUAUGGAAGGCAUAAAUGGGACUAUCUUUGCAUAUGGUGUUACAAGUAGUGGAAAAACUCACACCAUGCAUGGCGAUCAGAGGUCCCCCGGGAUUAUCCCAUUGGCGGUAAAGGAUGCUUUCAGUAUCAUUCAGGAGACGCCAAGUCGUGAAUUUCUCCUUCGUGUCUCGUAUUUGGAAAUUUAUAAUGAGGUUGUUAAUGACUUGUUGAAUCCAGCAGGGCAAAAUUUAAGAAUAAGGGAGGAUAGUCAGGGAACCUUUGUUGAAGGUAUAAAGGAGGAAGUCGUUUUAUCUCCUGCCCAUGCGCUUUCCCUUAUUGCAGCUGGUGAAGAACACAGACAUGUUGGUUCGACGAAUUUUAAUUUGCUCAGCAGCAGAAGUCACACAAUAUUUACAUUGACAAUAGAAAGUAGCGGUUGUGGUGAAAAUGGUGACGGUGGGGAUGUUAACUUGUCACAGUUGAACCUCAUAGAUUUAGCAGGUUCCGAGAGCUCUAAAGCCGAGACUACUGGUGUUCGUAGGAAAGAAGGAUCCUAUAUUAAUAAAAGUCUUCUAACCCUUGGAACUGUUAUAUCAAAAUUGACAGACGUGAGAGCAGCUCAUAUACCAUACAGGGACUCCAAAUUGACUAGGCUCCUUCAAUCUUCAUUAAGUGGUCGUGGACGAGUAUCUCUUAUUUGUACUGUUACUCCCUCAUCAAGCAAUACUGAGGAGACACAUAAUACAUUAAAGUUUGCCCACCGUGCAAAAAAAAUUGAAAUUCAAGCAGCACAAAAUAGGAUCAUUGAUGAGAAAUCCCUCAUAAAGAAAUACCAAAAUGAAAUUCGAUCAUUGAAGGAGGAACUAGAACAAUUAAAAAGUGGCAUUGUCAUAGUUCCUCAGUUUAAGGAUAACGGUGGAGAUGACAUUGUUCUUCUUAAACAAAAGCUAGAAGAUGGUCAAAUGAAGCUGCAGUCAAGACUGGAGCAAGAAGAAGAAGCCAAGGCUGCUUUGUUAAGCCGAAUACAAAGGCUGACCAAAUUAAUUCUAGUUUCCACCAAGUCUUCACCCUCAUCUAGACUUUCUCAUCGGUCAACUAUAAGAAGAAGAAGACAUUCCUUUGGUGAAGAAGAGCUUGCAUAUCUCCCGCAUCGAAAGCGUGACUUAAUAUUGGAUGACAAAGACACGGAGUUGCAUGUAUCUGUUGAUGUAAGUGUGGAAAAUAAUAACGAUGCACUGAAGGAGGAGAAAAGGACCAAGAAGCCCGGAUUACUUAAUUGGUUGAAACCACGGAGACGAGACAGUAUCUCUGGGGCUUUUACCAGUACAAGUGAUAAAUCAAGUGGGGCUAAGUCUAUCAGCACAGCUUCAACUCCGCAAGCAGAUAAUAUGGUUGACUCCAGACAUUCAUUCUCUUUGCCAACAGAGUGCAGAUCUGCUGAAUUCUCUCCAGGGGCCACACAACAUCAAGAAAUCAAUGGGGAUGCUUUUUUGCAACAUGAGAGUCGGAGUCCUCUAAUUAGCAUAAAAACAAUUGACCAGAUUGACCUCCUAAAAGAGCAGCACAAGAUUCUAUCCGAGGAGAUGGCAGUCCAUUUGAGUGCUCUAAAACGGUUGUCACUCGAUGCUUCAAAAGACUCCGAACGGGAAUUUGUAAACGCCGAGAUCGCCAGAUUGAAGGAACAAAUCAAACGGAAGAAUGAUGAGAUCAAACAGCUAGAAGACAAAAUUGCUAGCUCUGUUGUAUCUUCUCAUCGUAGUAUGGAUGGAGUUGAACAAAUACGAUCUGUUUCGGAGCUAGAAGCACAAUUACACGAGAAGUCCUUUGAGCUUGAGGUCAAAACCGGGGAUAAUAGAGUACUUCAAGAGCAGCUCAGCCAGAAGAUCAAUGAAUGUGAAGGACUACAAGAAACGAUUAACUCCUUGAAACAACGACUUUCCGAUGCACGUCGUGAAUUUGAUGCAGAGAAAGAUGCAAAAAUAAUGCUGCUUCGUCAAUCUCAGGCACACGAGGUUGAAAAACUCAAACAUAAAAUAACCGAAUUAACCAAUUCAAAAGAGCAGUUAGAAUCCCAAAACAAACAACUAGCAGAAGAAAGCGCAUACGCCAAAGGCUUAGCUUCAGCAGCCGCCGUUGAGCUCAAAGCACUCUCCGAAGAAGUUUCAAAACUAAUGAACCACAACGAGCAACUAUCAGUUGAGCUGGCAUCACACAAGAACUCCCCGAGCCACCACCGUAGAUCACCAGGCUUUACCAAAAACGGACGUAAAGACAACGCGUACUUCAGACAAAAAGAACCAAGUCCUACACAAUCAGAACUAAAGCGAGAACUCGCGUUGAGUAGAGAAAGAGAAAUGUCGUAUGAAGCAAUGCUCUCUGAAAAGGCACGAAUAGAAUCGGAUUUGCAAAAAACGGUUGAGGAGUCCAAACAGAGAGAGUCGUAUCUUGAAAACGAGCUUGCGAAUAUGUGGGUUCUUGUAGCAAAGCUAAAGAAGUCACAAGGAGCCAAACCCGAAGAAUCGUAGUCGAGCCGAGGGGUCGGGAUCGGGAUUGGUCAAAGAGAGGACUUGGUAUAGUUGUGUUUGAAAGUGAGAAUAGAAAUAGAUGGUAAUGUUUGGGGUUAGGAAUCGGGAUUGUGUGGUUUGUAAAGGUGUGUUGUUAUACAUUUUGUAGGAGUUUCAGUUAUUGUUAAUAAGGUCCGUUUUGUUUUCCUAUUA